GAUUGUUAGUGUUUUUGAGAUUGAACAAACAGAAAAAAACAAGAAUUUAAUUCUGUCAGGAAAAAGAAAAACACCCUUUGCAAGCUCAUCCUCUUGUCCCGCCGAAUCUGCAAUAACAGUUCUCAUUCAUCCCAUAAUUGCAAACAACUCUUCUUUUUCAAUACCCAGAUUUCAUUUUCAGCGAUUGUGGAACUUGGAAGGGGUAAUUUGUAACCAUAAGAAAAGGCUUGGUAUUGCUAUUGAUAGGAUAGAGUCUCAGAAAUGUACAGCCCUGUGGCUGCUUCGUCAGCCACAUCUCAAGAUGUAUUACCUAAUGACAACGGGGACUUUGUUGUUACAUUAGAUCAAGUUCCAAGGUGGAUUGAUGCCGAGCAUAUAUUGGAGAAUGACAAUGGAGAUUCACCGCUUUCUAGUCCAUACUUCCCUGAUCCUUUGGCGUUCCAAUCGGGAACUGGGAAUGGUGCAGGUGGUUCGGUGUCUAGGUUUCCUGUUGACCAUGAAAUAAAUUCACGGUUAUAUCUGUGGAGAGGGGAUCCUUGGAACCUUGAGGUGGAUGCCGUGGUGAAUUCAACAAAUGAGGCCUUGGAUGAAGCACACAGCAGCCCGGGGUUGCAUGCUGCAGCCGGACCUGGUCUUGCUGAAGAAUGUGCAACUUUGGGUGGAUGUCGAACAGGGAUGGCUAAAGUUUCCAAUGCCUAUGACCUUCCUGCAAGGAAAGUUAUCCAUACAGUUGGUCCGAAGUAUGCUGUGAAGUAUCACACUGCUGCAGAGAAUGCUUUAAGUCAUUGCUAUCGUUCUUGCCUCGAGCUUCUAAUUGAAAAUGGGCUUCGAAGCAUUGCUAUGGGCUGUAUUUAUACAGAUGCAAAGAACUAUCCCCGUGAACCAGCUGCACAUGUAGCUAUAAGAACUGUGCGGCGGUUUCUUGAGAAGCAGAAAGACAAUGUAACAGCUGUUGUCUUUUGCACUACCAACACAAUUGAUACCGAGAUAUAUAAAAGGUUACUUCCACUUUAUUUUCCCCGGGAUAAACAUGAGGAGGAGGUGGCUUUGACAAAGCUUCCUGCAGAUGUUGGGGAUGAAAAUGGUGAGACUACCAUAGAUGAGCGUAAAAUUAGAAUAAAGCCUUUGCCUAAAAAGAAGGUUUCGAAACCUCCUAGAGAACCAGUGGAUCUUCCUGUUAGUGAUGUUGGCUUGGUACGCAGGACUUCAUCAUAUUUAGAUUCAUUUCUGGAUCCUGCCUUCAUGUCUUUGAUUAAAGACCCUGAUGAAAGACGUCUGGAGCAGUGGGAGAAAACUGUUCAAGCACAACGAAGCUGGACUUUUGCUAACUUGCUUGGAUUUGGUGACCUAGGUGGACCUUCAUUGUCUGCCGCUGAAGAAUAUUCUCUGCACUCUAGAUAUCUUUCUAAAGCAAAAUCCUUAAAUCUAUCUGAAAUUGCAGAUAUGAAGAUUGUCUAUCGUGGAGGGGUGGACAGUGAGGGGCGUCCUGUCAUGGUUGUUGUGGGGGCUCAUUUUUUGCUCAGAUGUCUUGAUCUGGAACGUUUUGUGCAUUACGUGGUGAAGGAGUUCGAGCCAAUAAUACAGAAGCCUUAUACUAUUGUAUACUUUCAUUCUGCCGCAUCUCUGCAAGUGCAACCAGACUUAGGUUGGAUGAAAAGGUUACAACAAAUACUUGGACGGAAGCACCAGCAUAAUCUGCAUGCAAUAUAUAUCCUUCACCCAACUUUAGGACUAAAAGUUGCAGUAUUGGCUCUACAGAUGCUGGUAGACAGUGUGGUUUGGAAGAAAGUGGUAUAUGCUGAUAGACUUCUGCAGCUCUUCAGAUAUGUACCGCGUGAGCAGUUGACCAUCCCAGAUUUUGUUUUUCAGCAUGACUUAGAAGUGAAUGGAGGAAAGGGUCUUAUUGUGGAUCCCAGAACAAAAUAUGUUUAUCAUAGACCUUGAGCAUUUCAUCCACAGUGACAAAGAACAUCACUUGUUGUAGUUUCUUCAUUACUUACCUUCACUAUUAUUCUCACAAUCUCACUGUUAGGUGGAAGAGGGUCCAUGUACCUGUGUAUGUAAGAAUUCAAAUUCUUUUUUUUUGUUUUAAUUGUUGAUAAGCUUAUCUGUAAGUAAUAUAAUAUUAUUUUUUAUGUCUGUAACUUCUCCUAUGUGAGGUCUGAAUAAAAUUCAAUGCGAUUUUGAUCUUUGUUGUA